AUGACUGACAACAGCGCCCGAAACUCCAAAACUCUCAAGAGAGAAAGAGAUGGAUUCCUAUCGCCAGAAAUGGCGGCGCUCUGUCCAGGUGUACAGUAUGGUUUAUCUUCACAACAAAAUUGUGGUGAAAAUAAUGACUUAAUAUUUGUGAAAUUAACGGAUUCGGCUUUACGUGCAAUAGAGGAGUAUAUAAAAAACCAGAACAAAUUCAAUCACAAACCGACCAUCAAAUUUUUAGGGAACGAAAAUGGGGAACUGUCAUUUCCGUCGAUGCACCAUCAAAUGGGCAGCACGUCAUUCAGCUUCUCCAUGUCGAGUACAGCGGACAUGGAGGGGCCAGGGGGUAGCUUCGAAUGCAUCAAACAGGUAGGACCUCCGCGUGGCCCUUUGGAAGCUUUAGGUUCGAUUCCCCACAAAAUACGUAUCCAUGCCAACGACGACGUUUACGAAGUUACCCGCACCCGCAUGACUGAAGCAGAAGAUAAAUACAAAAACAAAUGCACAAGAGAAAUCAAGCCCAACCAAACAGACAUUGGAAGGAAAGUGAAAGUGAAACACACCAACAGAGCGCCGGUCCAUCCAGCCCGCAAAGAGAUGCCCUCGAUGCGUGAAAGCCUUCUGAAGCAGCCGUCUUAUCAUUCGAACGCACCCUCCAAGCCUAUCCCUCCAAUUGUCCAUUCUUCCACUAACGGAUUAUCCAACGGCCUAGGCAGUAACCAUGUCAGUAGCUCACGACCACAACUCAACAGGAAGCCCUCUAUUCCUGAAAUUCCCAGGCGACCGCCGACGCGUAAACCACAACCCCAAACGUUAACUCCGCCGGGAGGUAGCGAUGGCAGCUCAGGUAGCGGCCAGUCGCCUACAAGCACCCAUCCCGGCUCACCGCCUUUGAUAACUUCUUCCAAACGUCCGGGUUUCCACGAUGGACCGGACGGUUUUCCAUACAAACGCCAGCGAAUCGCCCACACUAACAAACAAGUCGACCAGACGUACCAGUCGCCCUUCGAAAACAACAGUCAACGAAGGCCCGUCACAGAUUCACGCGAUGCGAGCAACAUGAAUCCGAGGAGUAGGGAAUCUCCUGCAGGAGUGUAUGCCCCUGUGAAUAGCUACUCGAACGGAAUGCUCAACGACAAGCCCAAUUCUAGUGAUGACGACGACGACGAUGAUGACGACGACGACGCCGGCAAAAAAUCUACAUGUGAUAGUCAUAGUUCUGAACUAAGCCAAGAAAAGACAAUUGUCGAUAGACGUAGUAUUUCUCCCGGCGCUCCAGUCGUCAACAAGUCGAGCCAGGAGCAGCAGAGAGAGAGGUCUACUGAGCGGCAGAACGGAUAUAUGAAUCAAAUAGCCACCAACAGAGUGAGGCGACAAGCUGUCGAGAAGGAAGUAGAGAAGGAGAGGAAUGUAAUAUAUAAUAAAGUCACUUCUUCUACUGAGAAUAGGAUAGUUAGGGUUAGCCCAGAUAGUCAAACUGAUAGUAUACCACCUGCGGAUUUGGAUCCGCCUCUCAGCACCGAGAAGGAGAACGAAGAGUUUCCUGAUUACGAGAAGCAAUAUGUUACCAUUAGAGACCUUGAACAGCGAAGGAAGUAUAAAAACGAUUACAUUGCAGACUACAAUGAAUAUCGAGUUUUGCACGCAGGGCUGGAAAAGGUUUCUGACAUAUUUUGUCAUUUGGGAGAACUCCUGAAAAAAGAAAAUGAGAAGAGUUCUAAAUAUAAAGCCAUAAAAAAACAGAUAGUGAAAGAAUACCGGGAGAAGAAAAAGGACUUUGAACAUCAAAAAGCAAAACGCAGGUUCUAUUACCUGCACGCUAAGCUGUCGCAUAUCAAAAAACUAGUUUCGGAUUUCGAUCAGGAAAUGGUGGACUUGCAGUACUGACGCUGGGCAAAGGCCGGCGGCCACAGCCCUACUGCCUUUCGACGGACAUAUGCCAUCAGGACAUCACGAAAUGUAUAAAGAAAAUUUUUCCCUUGUCUAAUUUACGGUGAAGAAAGUCGAGUUUACUGAUGUAUAUUUGAGAAAGUCUGGCAGUUUUUGUUGCUUUCGGUGAGCCCCUCGACGCGUCCAAAAUCUCAUAGUGUGAAUCUGCGUAGAAUGGUAAUUGAAAUGGCUAUCUGUGAUAGGUUAUCGUGUUGCAAUGUAGAAGCCGAUUAAGAACGAAAUGUUGCGAAGCGAAAGAAAUUCAAAAUGAAAUAGCUAAAAAUGUCAGACAUAAUUAAUUUUUCGUUCAGUUUGUUGACUGGACGUGAAGCUUUGAUCAGAUUCCCAAUAUAAUUUCAUAUAUAGUAUGAUGAGUUGAGAGAUGUGCUGCAGGGGCAGCAUACAUAUUAUUGAAAUUCGUUUUAAGUGUGGGCGGUAGUUCGGAGGUUGUUUUUUGUUGAGGGAAUUUUUUCAUAGUUUUUGAGCAAGUGUAGGCAAUGGAUAAUUGUCAGUUAGAUCAGAUAAUUGACAGUUUAAAUUGUCUGAUAUAAAUGACAAUUCCAACUACUGUUGAUAAUUAUAAAAAUAGUCUGAGGCCCUUUAUAUCAAGUGAAAUGUAUCACAAUAAAUAUCGCACACUGUACGAUCAUUGGUUGAUCGUAGUCACAAAUAUUUGUCAUCAAGUAAGAUUCAAUUUCUGUAACUGUGGAUUUAUGAAUUUAUGAAAAUUAUACCUAAUUGUGAUUGGAAGACUUAAAAGUACUAGACUAUAGAUAAUUUGUAUCAAGACAUGAAUAGUUAUACACUUGAAUUUUUAAAAAUUUUACAGUUUUCCAUCCAUUUUCCAUCCAUUACAGAGUUGUUUAUUUUAAUAUCAGUAGGCUUUUCAAAUGUAGACCCAUUUUGAACAGCAUGACAGUUUCUUCAAUCUCAUUUGAAAAAAAAACUUUUUCAUUUUCAUUCCUUACCAAGAAUUCAAUGUUAUCAGUGUGUGAGAUUAAGUAUGAGAGAUUGAGAAAAUGAUUCUAAUUUAAAAAUAUAUAAAACUAGGGAGGUGCUGAAGCGCCAAAAAGUAUGUUUUUAAAUGAAAUCAACCACAAUUGAUAGUUGAACUGUCAAUUAGGUUGUCAGUAGUUCAAACUGUUGAUUAUAAAAAAGUACUUUGUAGCCCUUCAACUCAUUCUAACAACACCUAUUUUUUUAAUAAAAGCAUUCAUGUACUCUAAUGAAAAAAGUUAUUUCAAUAUAGAUUAAAAACAAGGUAUAUAAAACCAUAACUGAAAUUUUUCAAUAUUAAAAAAAUAUUUGAAAUCGGGUUAUUUACUACUUUAUAGUGAUUGAAAUUUUCUUACUUUGAAGUCAAAUAUAACGUAAGUAAAUGCACUCUUUUUAAAAGUCGAUGAUUAUUCCCAAUUGAUCUUAUUUCUGUCUGUACCCUUUUGAAAAAAUGAUGCUCAAAAAAUCGAAUCAUCAGUUUGGAAUAUAGUAUGAAGGUCGGAAGUCUCGUCAAUAAAAGUUUUAAAUGCUGAUUAGUACAGCGAUUAUAUUUUAUAUACUAAUAUAUUUGUAAAAUAUACUUUUUUGUUAUCAGAGUGUGUAAUUUUUUUAUAAAGAUGGAGAAGUAAAAAGCCAAAACAUUUUUUUUCCAAUAAUCAAUAACUUAUAAUAAUAUUACUAGUCAUAGCAACAUACAAAAAUAUUAUGUUGCUCCAAAUUAUAGCCCAUUUUCGAAGCAUAAAUUUUGAAGAUAUUCAAUUUCCGAGUUUGUAUCUGCUCUAGAAAUCAUUUUAGGUAUUUUGUAAAACGGGCACUGUUUCAUACUAAACGUCUACUGGAUUUUUAUUGCUAUUAACAAUUUGCACAUUCUAUUACAAUUUUCUGGUUUAGUCAAAAGACAACCAACCUACAUCAACUUACUCUGAAAUACUCAAGUUGUACCAUGCAUUAUGAUACACUACUGGUUUCAUCAGUUGCAUAUGUUGUUUAAGUUCGAUGAGUCCAUUAAUUUAAUAUUAACUCUACAUCCAACUUCAUUUCUCGCAUGGGUCAAAGCUUUCAAAAUGGAUGUAUAGGUAUCUUCCAGUUUUUUAUACUUUCCAACGAUAGCCACCGUUAUUCCAUACUUUGAUUGAGUUAUUAUUUUUUCUAGAUCUAUCCAUGGUUUCAUAUAUUUCUCUAUCGUUGGUAGGGGAAAUAUUCCCUUAUGAAUUUUUUUGUACAUCAAAAUUUAGUAGGUUGAAUUUCCAGGUUAUUUGUGUUCCCAAUUUGGAAUCGAUAUACAAAGUGCCCUUUAUGAAAAAUCACGCAAUAGCCAAGUAGUUAAGUUAGUGAAUGCUCACUUAAAUACAUCUAUCCAUAUAUUCUAUAUCGGUAGUCAGGGAAAUGUUCCCUUACUAUCGAUAGAGAAAUAUAUGAAACCCCGGAUAGAAGUAUCUAAGUGAGCGUUUUAAUUGCUCACUUAGUCACUUGCUAUUUCGUGGUUUUCCAUGUGAACGGGCACUUUGUAUAUCGACUCCAAAUCGGGAACACCAAUAACCUGGAAAUUCAACCUUCUAAAUUUUGAUGCACAAAAAAAUUCGUAAGCAAUCCCGAAUAACUUCGUUUUUGAAACACAAUCAUUUUAACGCAGGGCGUUUACAUGAAUUUAUAUUAAAAAUAUUUAUGUGGUGAAAUUGGCCGAUACUUGAUGAAAAUCCACAAUUCCACAUUCAUCACAACGAUACAAGAAUCAAAAACUAGUUCCAUGUGCCAAUUGCUAAAUUAAAAGAGGCUUUUUUCUGGGCCAGACUACAUUGGUCUAAAAAUUUACAAUAAUCUUUCAGAAUGUGUAGAGGCUUCAAAGCAAUUGUAUAAUUUAAAACAAACACUGAAAACAUGUCUGUUAGAAAAUUUUUAUCAUACACUAUCAGAAUUUUUUACUAAUCAUUAGAUAUAUUCUUCUUAUUUCAAUAUCGCCUUAUUUAAUUUUUUUAAUCAACUUUUACUAUCUUUAUUUUAUUAUGAUGACAGUGUUCAUUGUACAGUGAAACACUUCUUGCGGUUUUGUGAACUGUUUAAUGAAAAUCUCAAAAAAAAUCACUUGAAACCCUAUAGAUAGAUAUAAUAAGAAACAAUCCAAAUAUACAUGUGUACUAGAGCAAAUGCUGUUUGUAGUUCAUAAAAAAUGUGUAUCGAAGUACCAGAAAAGUGAGAUACAUAAAAUUUAUAGACAUCUUAUGAUUGAAACAAAAGGGGUAUAUUUACAAGACAGAUCAGUAUUUGGGAAAGAAAGGUCAUUGGCUUUCUACUUCACCAUAAGAUUUAAAAUGGACUCUAAAAGAUGUGCAGAUCAUGCAUAGUAGUUACUUCCAGAUACAAACUGGAAAAAGCCCAUUUUCUGUUCAAGUUUCGGGAAUGUUUUUUUCUUCCAGUUUGUAUGUGGAAGUAUUGGGUUGUAGAACCUAGAAGAGUCCUGGCUUAUUUUUUAUUAAUGUUGCAGUAUAACACUGCCAAAUAAAUUUAGGCUUACAUUUGAAUAAUAUUAGGUCUGAUGAUAGCUUCACAGUAUUAUGGUCAAUUAUAAUUAAUUUUUGUGGAAGACAACCGGAAGAUGUUUCAAUUUGAAUAUUCGAGCUAACAUUUUGCUUCAAUAUGUCUCAAAUCGGCGACGAAUCCUAGAGUUCAACAUUCCUUAGAAAUGCAGAAAUACUAAUAGAGGUAAAAAACUGAAAUAAAGGGAAAGUGUAGAUAAUGUUGUUAUAAAUUAUUCUGCAAUAGGUUGUAUUGCAAUGAACCACGAAGUAUUGAAUGUUACACAACAGUUACUAGAGUAUUUUUAUCACAUGGAAUCUUACCAGUAUUGAAAUAAUAUUUAUUUUUGUCACGAAGUUUUUUAUUUCCAUUUCAUAGUUUCAGAACGUUGUAAGGAAAUUAUUUUCAGAAAAUAUAUUGAAAAAACUUUACAACUUGAUUUGAUGUAGAAACGAUUUUGAUUUGUUAGCAAUUUUGAAUAUUUUUUUGAAGGCAAACUUUUGAAAUUGAUUAUACACCGAUUGAAAAACUCAAAUGUAAAUAGAUGAGAAGAAUACAUUUCAAAUACAAAUCUUGUUAGUUUCAAAUGAGAGUUAUUUUUAAUUUUCAGUAAUGGCUCUCGAAAGUCAUGAGGUUGGCAAAACUUUUUAGUCCUCAUUAUUUCAGGCAUAAAUAUGUAAGGUACAAGGUGUGGACAAUUUGUAACUAGAUGAAGAUUGAAAAAACGAAUAUCAGUAUCUAAUUCAAUGUUUAAAAAAUCAUUGCGGUAUUUUCAACCAUUUUGAAAUCAUCACCAGUUCAUAUCUUGAUACUAUUAGUCUGAGACCAAAUGACAAAUUUGGAGAAUAUAUUCUAAGAAAAUUCAGAUCGAAAAAAUAAAUACUUUAACGUGGUUUUUUUGUUUCUGCUCAUCAUAUAUUUAUAAUAAACUAAAUAGAUGACUUGUAUGUAUAUUAAUAAUAUAUAUUUUAAGUUUUUGUUGCAUUGCUGUGUUAUAUUAUGGGUUAGAUUUUAUUUCAUUAAAAGGCAAUAAAGACCUUAAAUGUAGCAAAAGCUUAAAAUAUUAUUUUCAUACAGAUGAAUCCUUGAAAAAAUCUUAAAUUUUAAAAAGUACAAAAGACGCAUAUAUUUCUAAUUUUGGAGCCGAAAGGCUCAAUACAAUAUACUUCAAUUGAUGAGAGAAAUAUGUUAUGGCAUGCUGUUAGAUCUAAAUAUUUUAUUUUUAUUUUGAAGUCUCGGUGACUACCUUCUCCAAAAUAAUUCAUCUUUCUGAGAUUAUUGAUCAUCUUGUAUUUUGAGUGAAUAUCUCAACGUUGAAUGAAAGUGAUUAGAUCCUCAAGAGUCUUUAUCCAUUUCGUUCUUCCGUGAUUGAUUCCUUCCUAGUUAGUAUAGCUAUUGUAUAGCGAAACACGUGUUGCGUCUACUGAAAAUCUUGAACAAUUCAAGAGUUUUUGUACUCGUGAAGAUCCCAACCACUCGUGUCAGUUAAAUGUUGAGAAAUUCACUGGAAAUAAACGAUUGGCCAGUGCCGUGAGGCGAUAAAUAUAAUGGAACUCUCAGUUUAUUACCUUCUCCAAAUUUGUCGGGAGCUCUUGGAUUAUAUUGGAAUCGGAUUGACCUAAGAUUUACAUCACCACUAAUGUAUAGUUUCAUUUUUCUGUAAUUAUUUUCCUGUAUUGUUGGCUCCUUUGACCUAUUCUAGAAAAAUUGAUAUUUCUGUGUUAGGAUUUGAAACUGCAUAAAUAACGAUGAAAGUGAAAAAUAAAAAAUAAGUCUCCGCAAAAUCAAUUCCUCCAACGACCAACUUUUAGACUGAUUAAUAAUCACAUUCUUGUUUUUUUCUCAAGAUAUUUUUUUAAGUGUAUGAGUAAACGUUGUCCUCUCUCCCAAAUAUUCUCGUUUCUGGUGUAAUCAAUUUAUCACUUCUGUCAUAUCGAAAGUGCAAUAGUUUCAGUUUCAAAGCACCUGCAAUGUACUAAAUAACAUUUCACAUUACCAGCUACCGUCUCUGUAGUGAAUCUUUCAGUAUUCGAGCGCAAAAACUGUCACAAUCAUCAAGGUAACUGAAAAAUUUAUGUUGAAGUUAUAUCAGUUGAAGUUUCGCCCAAAUCGUUAUGAAUUGAAAAAAUGUUGUAAUCCCUUAUUUUUUUGUUGAUAAUUGUUAGUUAUUAAAUUUGACGGCACUCUAUUUGGUGUGCCGCUAUGGCUAUUGGACUUUUUUAAAUAAUGUUUUAUUGAUUAUUGAGUUUUAGUUUGUACAUACUGUAUAUUUUCGGUUGACAUUUAAUUUUUUUGUGAAACUUCUCCACAGAAGCAAAAUGCUAGUAUAACAUGUUAAUUUUUUUUAAUUGAAAUUUUCUGCGGCUCAUGCAUUUUGCUUGAAAUACUUUUUAAAUCCAUAGCAAUACAAUUCAAAGUAGUGAUGUAAAAUUUUUGGAAUUGAGUAUGAAUAUUAAUAUAUAUUAUGCCUGAACAUUAUAUGAUAUUGUGCAAUUGAA